AUGCACCUUUUCUAUCUCCGGCUGGUAUUAUGGGGGGUUUAUUCCUUACUCGUUCUCCAAGUCAUUUCUAUUCCGGUCCCAGAAGAGAACCUCCCCCUUUCCCAGAUUGACGACGGUAAUGAAUUCGUUCCACGAAACUCCCUCGAUGGCGCGCCUUCGCUUGUUCGACGCGCAGAAAACGCACCCCCUAAGUCCCAUUGUUAUGACUUAGCGGAGAAAGUCAUGCAGGUGCCUCGGCCUAAAUAUCUCUUUCCGCCUGGAAAGCAAAACCAGGGGUCGGUCUCACUCGCGGAGAAAUUGGGCGCGGGGGGGGGGGGGGGUCAAGGAUCAGUCUGGAUGGGCCAAUUGAAGUACUACGACACACCACGAAACAGGGCCCUGGGGUUGAAAAUCAAUCUGCCACGACGAGUGGCAGUGAAGAUAUCACAAGGAGGUCGUGGAGUCGAUCAGUCCCUGCUUGCUGACGAAAUCGGCAGUCGUUGGAUCCUGCGGAACCUGGAAAUAUUCUGGGACCCAGGUAACAAGCAAUCGGUCCAGGUGAUGGAUAGAGCCGGAUUGGAUAUGCUCACAGCUCUAUCAGAAAACAAGCGAUUCAAUAGAGACUGGGCGAUGUGGAAUUUUGGAGGGGCAUUAUUGGACGCUCACAGUAUGGGAAUUGUUCAUCGGGAUGUGAAGCCCGAAAAUAUGGUUAUCAGAUUCCGGAGAGUCUACUUGAUUGAUUGGGAUUUUGCUGUGGAUCUACGGAAGUCCAAUGAAUACAGUGCUCCGGGGACAAGGGGUUAUCACCUCCAGGUAACCUUCUUUCUUCCCCGUGGAAGUACAAGAGCUAAUCUCUCCGGUGCUUAG